CAGUGAUUCAGUAUCUCUGAAAAUACAUAGAAAAACAAAAACAAAGAAGAAAUAUCAAAGCUUGUGUCUCUAUCUAUCUCCCUCACCUUUUCUUUCAUCCUACUCAUUCCACUCCAUCAUUCAAUAACCAACCAUUCAUUUUUAGUUACAUCUUUUUCCAAACACUGUCUACUCCUUGUUCACAAAAACAAUACCAAAACCUCUUUUGCUUCAAUAGGCUUUGGUGCUGAGAAUCAGCAUAUAGUAUUGUUUUGAAGUUUGAACUUGUUCAACUGCAUAGAAAAUUGUUCAAUUUUGGUUUUGGAGCAAGAUGUCUGAGAGGAGAUUGAACAUCAAUGCUCCUCUGAUGUCUGUGAGGCGAAAUUCGGCUACAUCACCGUCGUUAGCCGAAUCAAAGAAGAAGAUUUUAGAGAAAAGACACACUCUUGCGAGUUAUAAGUCAGAAAUGGCAUUGGAUCAGGUUACUGAACCUGUUGCAGUGCCUUUCAAUUGGGAGCAUAUACCUGGAAGAUGCAAAGGUGGUAAUACUGGAUCUGAAGUACUUCAAAUUCCUCCUAAGAACGCUAAAAUCGCGCCAAUUCCUCGGCUUCCUCCCGGAAAAUCUGUCAAAUCAGGUAACCAGAAGGAUUCUGUUGUUGAAAAGAAUUUCAGUCUCUCGAAUAAAUCGAAGUCUUUUAGCGGAAAUUUGGCUAAACUAGACUGUGAUAGAGAAAGAGAAGCCGAGAAAAGAAUCGAGAGUAGAAGAUAUCAUGUUAAGGAGAAGGAGAAUGACUACGAUGACAACGCCUAUUCGGACGCGGUUGAAACGCUGUCGCAUUUAACAGAAUCAUUCUCUGUGAACUGCAGUGUGAGUGGUGUAAGUGGAUUGGAUCAUGAUAAUUUGGAUGCAAAGAGUUUUGGAACAUUUUCUAUUGAUCAACAAACAAGAGACUUCAUGAUGAACCGAUUCUUGCCAGCCGCGAAGGCUAUGACAUUACAGCCUUCUCAAUACUCGUCGAAAAAACAAUCUGUACUAGUUGAACAACAGCCUAGAGAUGUUAACAAAUUGAUUCAGAAUGCGAAGAAGCCGUUGGUGACUGAUAUUGUAGCGUAUACUGGUAUACGUCAAGAGGAAGAAAGCGAAGAUGAAGACGAAGACGAAGACAAAGAUGAAGGUGAAGUUUAUGAGAAUGAUGAUUCUGAUAAUGUCUUGAGUAAAGGAUGUGGUUUGAUACCGAAUUUACAGCUUAGGAAUUCGUUGUCGAUGUUAAAUCCUGCGGCUGGCAUGAAAAUGAAGAAUCAAGUUGCCUUGCCUUCUCCUGCUUGUGAGGUUGUGAAACCUAACAAAAGAUCGCAUAUUCGAUCUUUUAGUCCAAUUCCAGCUGUAAAAAAGGCUUGGGAAGCAAUUCACAGAAACAAGUCAAGCGCUGCAACUGCGACAUCGCCUGAUAUGCAAGAAAGAAAGACGAGAAGGAGCAGUGAAUCAAACAGGUUUGCUUAUUCAGGUGAGUUGCUUCCAGGACGGCUCUCUCCGUUCCGUCGUUCACGAGCAGCUGCAGCAGGCAUAUCUCCUUGUAGAACAAAACCUCAAUCUCCUUUUCGUGGCGCAAAGUUGCCCGAGAUUGAAAACAAUAAAUCUGGUAAUUUGAAAUUCCACAGCACAGGACUAGGAAAGUUUCAAGGAGUUCCAAACCAAGGAGCGAAAAGAGGUUCAUAUUCGGGAAGUUUGGCAAUCGAAAAGACAUUGUACAUAGAUAAUUCGAGUACUGUCAAACUAUCGUCUUCGAAUUUAAGUUAUGCAGAUAACAAAAAGAGGAUUGAUACUAUGACUGCAGAUUUCGACAAAAUAAGAGAGAAAGAAAGAAAUUCUAGCAUAGAAACUUCUGGAGAUACAAAACAUGUACAACCUUUGGAUUUGGAAGAAAAAGCCACAUUGGAUUAUGAAGUGUUAAGUUCUUUAGGUGGAAACUCUACAACUUUGUCUGGAAUGUUACAUCAUAUAGCGAAAGAAUAUGAAUCCAAAGUAUUGACAACUGAUCAAUAUAUUAACCACGAACGCGUGUCAGUGCAACCUGUGCAACGGACAUUUGAUGAAGAUUCGGAUACCAACAACAACAAGCAAAUUGUGUUAGCUAAUUCUCCUCUUCCACCACCAUUACCAAAAUCACCUUCUGAGUCUUGGCUUUGGCGCGCGUUGCCUAUAAAUUCGCUUAAGAAUUCUUUCCUGCAUUCAAAUCAAGGCACAAAAUCUCAUGCUAAAAGAAAUGAUUCCAAUGCAGCAUCAAGCAAUGUGAAGUGGGAAACCAUAGUGAAAACUUCGAAUUUGCAUCAUGAUCAUAUUCGGUAUUCUCAGGAACUACCAUCGCGUAAAUCUCAUCAUUCAAAAUCAUAAAGACGGAACAAUGAUAGUGUUUUUCUUGAAUUGUAUAGUAUAUAGAUGAAAAUCAAAAUCAAUUUUGAUGAUCAAUAUAUGAGUGUAAAGCUUCUUUUGUGGCGCUUUCGAUAUUUCUUAACCUGGCCUAGAGAGGUGUUUAUCGAUUAAUGCUGUGUCUAUCAUCAUGUUAUUUUGGUCUUUUUGGUUUCUUGCUGCUUGAUCAGAGGAAUGAUUCUUUGCAUUCCCUCAUGUGGAGGAAUCAGCACUUAUUUUUUAUGUAAAAAUCACACAAGUGAUUAUUCAUGCUUUUAUUGAUUGAUAUCCUUUUGAUGA